GAAAAAUUUACCGAUAUUCACAAGCCUCGGUAAAUGAGUUAGUAGCGGCUUGCUGUUCACUAUUACUUGGGUGUCUUUCUUCUUUUUUCAACCACCAUCUUGGGUACCAUACUGAAGAUUCAAUAAAAAUGAGUCGUAGAAGCCCUCGUACGCUUUAUGUUACCGGUUUUCGAGAUGGACUCCGUGCACGUGAACUUGCUUUUGAGUUUGAGCCAUUUGGCCCCCUAGUUCGUUGCGAUAUUCCUAUUCCUCGAACUCGCUCUUCUAGACCUUUUGCAUUCGUGGAAUAUGAAGACUCCCGGGAUGCUGAAGAUGCUUACUAUGAAGUCCAUGGCCGUCGCCUUGAGCGCGGUGGUGGUACUUUGCGCGUCGAAUGGGCUAAGCAACCUCCUCCACCAGCAGGCCCUCUCCGUCGUACCCCUGGCCGGAGAGAACGUGGCGGCCGUGUGCGUGGUCCUGAGCGUGGUGAGCGUGGCCGUCUCCGUACUCGUUCUCCUUCCCCCGGUGGUGACCGCUCUCUUUCUCCUAGCAGACGUUCUAUGAGUCCCCGUUACCCUUCUCGUAGUAGAAGCCCUGGUCGCCGCGAUCGCUCUCCUAGUUAUGAACGUGGCCGAGAGUCUCCUUACUAUCGUUCACCCUCUCCUCGCCGUAGCCCCCGCCCUGAUGAAGUUGAGUAUCGUCGUAGUGCUGCGUCUCCAGAAGCUAGUGCCCCUAGUGACUACCCUCAACCUCAACCCUCCAAUGAAGCUUCUAUCCCUGCCCAAGAUGUUCCUUCCGAGGAGCCCAAGGGCUACGCUGCUCCUUCCACCGACCAGCAGCCCGUUGAGCAGAAAUCCUCUGAUCAGCAUCCUGAACAGCAACAACAACAACCACCUCAACAAUCAGAAAAGUCAGCUGACGCAGAAGUUUCUCCUGCUGAGCCUGUUCAAACCACUGCUGAGCCUGUUCAAACCAAUGCUGAACCUGCUCAAAACAAUGCUGAACCUGCUCAAAACAAUGCUGAAUCUACUGAAGCUGUCGAACCUGCUCAACCCGCGGAACCUGCAGCCGAUAGCGAACGCCAAGAGUAAAUUUUAAAAAGGAGGUAAAAAAAUUUGUCGCUUAAUUCCUAUUCCUUUUAAAUUAGUCGUUUUGUCCGUUUUUCCUUUAUCGUAAGCGCUUUAGUUGAAAAUCGACAUUUUCAAAGUACCAUCACAUGUAGAUAAAACGAUAACGCCUGCCGUGAAAUAUUCUUAAAUCUAUUUUGCUUGAUCGACUUGCAAUUCGUGAUAUUCACGCGGUACGAUGAACUCUUUAGAGCCACUUUUAAUGAUGAAGUGUCGUACGUCUCCACUGUCCUUAUUUUAACUUUUUGUAUAUUUUGAAGGAAUCGUAUGUAAGGAUUGGUAGUGUCUUGGAUCUGCUCCUCGAGACUUCAUUUAGGCAUUUUAGCUUAUUUUGUUCUACUAUACCAGCGGAAAGCAUUUUGACCCUUCAAUGUUUUCCUUAUUCUUAAUAUUUUGCUACUAACAAGUUUCCUUAUUCAUUCAUUGCAAACGAGUUCUGGGUUUGGUUUCUCUAUCUUUAAAAAUUUUCAAUAGAAGAAAUAAUCUUCAUAAAAUAAGAUUUUUCUAUACUUCGGUAUCAUAAACCCC